AUGGAGCUGUUGAACUUGACCUCUGCUAAUCUCACAAACUCAACCGGAUCUCCAGCUCACUUCAUCUGGAAGGCUGAGAAGAUGGUCCCAGCAGUCAUCAUGUCUGUGUGUUUCCUGGUGGGAUUCCCUGGAAAUGUAGCUGCUCUAAUCCUCAGACCCUGGCAGCAGCUGUCCACACUGACCCAGUGUCUGAUGGUGAACCUGGCCUCGUCUGACCUGCUGUGCUUGGUCACUCUACUUUUUUGCAUCUACAGCAGUGUACUGACCGUCACUGCUCUGAGUGUCCAGCGCUACAUGCAGGUGGUUCACCCACACAGAAGUCUCCAGUUCAAGAAGAGACGCCUGGUUCUGAUGUGGCUCAUGUCGAUGGUCCUCUCCACCCCAAUGUUAGCAUUUCGACAGAUUAUUGUGGACCAGCAAAAGAACUUCUGUGUUUCACACUACUCCUCUCAACCACAACAACUGGCGGUGAUACUCACUGAAUUUACUCUUGGAUUCAGCUCCUUCAUCAUUUGUUCCCAGCCCCUCAGGGAGGAGGCGGUAUCUCAGUAUCAGCUGUCAAUCAAACGUGCGCCCGCCCAGACUCUCCUCAGACGGGAAGCGCAGUCUCACAAGUUGAGCUGCAGCUGCGGAGGAACUUGA